AGUAUUUGUCCAACAGUUUCCUGUAGUACUUUGAUUGGAAACAAACAACGAGUUCUAAAUUGAGCAUGCACAAUGCUACAGUGUUCACAGAUCUGGGUCAAAGGUGAAACAUGUCAAGAUGUGAAAAAUUAGCAAUCAGUGACACCUGUACCGAGAUACAUGUACACCCAUCGAGUCUGUACAGUGAUUUUCAGUGCUCGAAAUAGCAAACUGCGAAAAGCGAAAAGCCGUCCAUUUUAGACCUGACAGUUGAAAUUGCAAUUCACCUGCUACAUGUAAAACUGCCACAAAAUUGCAGAAAUAUGGAGAGCGUGCAAGCGAGAAUCCGAAAGCUGUCUGCCAGCCAUGUUUGUUUUGUUGGACUGUGUGUGACAAUCGUGUACCUGUUCCGAGCUGGAGAUUCAUAUUUCUUACAACCCGUCUGGCGGAAGAGAGUCGAGAACCAGGCAUACUUCAACACCCUGUUCCCGACGGACAAGGAUCGUCUCCCAUCACCUGUGGUCACUGAUCUCGAGAGCGAUGGAAUAAACGAGGUGGUGCUGAUAACUCCUGAUUUAAAGCUGUGUAUUUUAGCGAUCCCCGAUCACGUGACCAGUGAGAAGACGCUCCCACACGUGGUCAUCAAACACAGAGUGAGGCUGCCGACACGCACCAUCCGAGAUGACAAGGCGAGUCGUCCGGUGGUCAUGGAAACCGGAUUCACGCAGCCGUACUUGUCAAUGAUGCAGAUCAGAAAGCAGAUUAUCAUCAUAGUAAUGGAUGACUGGCAAGUCCUGUGUUACAGUUAUGAACUGAAGUUGCUAUGGCAACGUAAACUGAUGGACAAGUCACAGCUUAAAGAUGCAUAUGAGGUUAAGUCAAUGGGCGCACUGGUGACUUCUCAUUCUGUGCGGAAGAAUGAUGAUGGGUUAAUUGUUAUCGGUGGCAGCAUGAUGCACAAAGUACAUACACAACAGAAUGACCCGAAUCUGGCACAUCGAGACUCCAAUGAAACAACAACACACAGUCACCACGAUGUGGCCAGUGAUGAUGAUGAAAGCGAACAUUUCUCUACGUUUGCACUGAGCGGUAACAACGGUACAUUGCGGUGGCAUCACCUGCCUGGGGACUUCGUACAGACUACGCAGGAUGCCAGGGAGAAUGUCCGAGAAUACCACUGGAAACUGUCACUGAAGAGAAAUUUGCUGCACAAAGGAGAGUCGACGUGGACAGUGUACAAACAUAACAUUCUGCAGUUCAUGCCUCACUUGUGGACAAGUAUUGCGGACACAAAGUUCACACUGGCGAGAAUUCAGAAGUUAGCUCAGGCGAUGGAUGUGAAACCGGAGGUCUCGACGGAGACGAGCCGCUCCACAUCAUCGGUAAAUGCUCUCAAGCCCGAACACAUCGUCGGGUACGCGUAUGGUGGCCAGAGGCCUCACAGUCACCACGAACACGUGACUAACCCCAAUGCUGUUGUCAUUCACAACCACAACGGCAUCGAGGUGCUCAAUAUCUUGUCAGGUCGGCCAAUGACACGCGUGGCUCUGCGGAGCGCGUCGUCGGUGUACCUGGAUGUGGAUGACGACGGGGAACUGGAGCAUGUGACAUGGGGUCAGUACCGCGACCACACACCGUGUUACCUCGAGAUCUGGCGUGACUCUCCUAUCAAGGAGAAACUCGACCAGAUAAAUGUCUGCGUCACCAAGCGACUCGUGUGGACGCGCUCGUGGGCCCUCGAUGAAGACUUCCACAAGAAACUACCACCAUAUAUUAUCAGAAGCAGUAUUGCUAGAAAGACUGGGUUAAUGCAUCACCUGCUGGGUCGACACUUGUUCACUGAUCAGGGCUAUGACGUAAUAUCAGUCUCGAGUCUCGGACGGGUAUCAUCAUUUGAUUUGGAAGGCAGACUUCACUGGCAGGCUCAGAUAGACAGUAGGUGGGCAGAUGUUUCAGUCGCUGUCAGGCGGAGUAAAAAUCUUGACAGCGAUAGGUCUAGAGAAUUCUUUAAGUCGUUCCAGCCAAGUCGCGUGCCGAUGUCAGUUGGGGUGUUUGGUAAAAAGGAUACAAUGGUUAUUGCUGGUUACAAUGCUGUGUCAGUUGUCAGUCUUCUUGAUGGACAGAUCUUGGCAGAACAUUCCAUCCCGACGCCGCCAACCGGUCCCUUGGUUACUGGAGAUUUCAACAAUGAUGGAAUUACAGAUGUUAUUCUCACAUGCAAAAUGGGCUAUAUUGGCUUUGCAUUGAAGACGAGGACAAACCACACAUACACGGCGAUGUACGCCAUCGCUGUUCUUAUGCUCAUCCUCCUCGUCACUUACUGUCUGUCACCUGAUGCACGGGCCAAGGACGACGACUGAAACUACAACACUACUUCUGAUUGGACACCUAGCUACCUUUGAGACAAAGUAAAAUAAUCUGUGAUUGGUGUAUCACUUAAUAUCUUUCAGCCAGCCCAUGGGACGAUGACUGAAACUACAACAGUGCUUCUGAUUGGACAGCUAGCUAGCGGUCUUUAAAAGUAAAACAUUCUGUGAUUGGUGCAUCACCUAAUGUCGUUCAUCAAACUUGUGGGCCAGUGCCAACAAUUGAAAAUACAAGUCUUACAGCUCUUGUAAUAGGAAAGCUAGUUGCCUUUGAGACAAAGUAAAACAUUCUGUGAUUGGUUGUUUGUGAUUACAUUGAGGAUAUAGAUGAUGCCCAUGGUUCAAAGGUAAAGAUUAAAUAUCAUCAGACAUAAGGCUGGUAGGUAUUGGGUUCACAGCCGCCAACCCGGUACUGGCUCUCACCCAGAGUGAGUUUUAACAACUCCAUGGGUAGAUGUAAGACCACUACUCUCUCUUCUUUCACACUCACCACUGACAACUAACCCACUGUCCAGGACAGAUAGCUUGAGGUGUGUGCCCAGGACAGCGUGCUUGAACCUUAAUUGGAUAUAAGCAUGAAAUUAAGUUGAAAUGAGUGAAUGAAGAUGAAAUAUACAACAGCUUCUUGUAAUGGACAGUUUCUUGAUUGUAUGAAAAAGUGAAGAGACAUAUUCGUGUUUAUUAGUGAUAACCAUAAUUAAGAAUAAAAACAGUGUUGUGGGCGUAACCUAAUGUUCAAAGAAGGAUUGAAAACACACCAGUGUUGAUGUUCAAAGAUAAAUAUUGAAAACACACCAGUGUUAAUGUAAAGAUUGAAAAGACACGUUACAGCCAUAUGGGUGUAGACUUAUGUUGAGAGAUGAAGAUCGAAAGCACAUGAGUAUUGUGGGCAUGGCUUGAUGUUCAACGAUAAAUAUUGAACACAGUGUUGUGGUCAUGUGGGUGUGGCCUAAUAUUCAGAGAUGAAGAGUGAAAACACAAGUGUUGAGGUCUUGUGGGUGUGGCCUGAUGUUCAGUGAUAAAAGAUUGAACACACAGUGUUGAGGUCUUGUGGGUGUGGCCUAAUGUUCAUAGAUGAAGACUGAAAAUACUUGAGUGUUGUGGUCACGUGGGUGUGGCCUAAUGUUCAUAGAUGAAGACUGAAAAUACUUGAGUGUUGUGGUCACGUGGGUGUGGCCUAAUAUUCAGAGAUGAAGACUGAAAUUUGGUCUCCUCCACAACUGGAAUUGGAUUUUUAUCCAUAAACAACUGUGGAUCUAAGUGGAGACCUAUUUCCUGCAGAUACACAUACAUACAAACAGUAUUUGACUUUGAGAACCGUAAGCCAUUAUCAGUUGCACAUUGAUGAAAUUUAUUCAAACAAAGCUGCAACUGAUGUUCAGUGAUACUCAUUUUGGAUGAUCUGUAGCAAAUCUGAAAAUCAUCGACAUAUAAUGAGCAACUGACACCAGGUUUUAAAAACUUGGUGAUGCUGUUAAUUUUCACAGAAAGUAAAGUUAGACGGGAUACUACCUUGAGGUACACCCAUCUCCUGUGGGUAAGUAUCAAAGAAAGUCGAUCCCACCCAAACUUUAAAAGAUCUAUCUUUUAAAAACUGAGAAAUAAAACCAGGAAGCUGACCUGUAGGUCCAAUUUCAUGGAGGUCAUUUAAAAUCCCAUACUUCCACAUGGUAUUGUAAGCUUUCUCCAAAUAAAAAACCACUGAUACUAAGUGCUGAUUAUGGAUGAAAGCUUCCCUACAAAACAUUUCUAAUCUAGCAAGAUGUUCAAAGUAAAAUUGAUACUGGAGAGUUGAAGUAUUGUAUACAUAUUUAAGAAACAAUUGUCAUAUAGGCCUACUGUAUUAUUCCUAGUGAUUUUGUUAUGGUUAUCAAAUGUGGUAUCUAUAAUGAUCACACAUACAUGUAGUUACUAUAUAGUUAAAUAUUUGGCCGUUUUAAACAGUAUCGUUUCGUUUAAUAGGUUCCGUUGAAAUGGUUAGAAAAUUUUGAAAACAUGACAGCCAUACCUGAGAGUUGUGGUUAUAAUGGGGUUUAGCAACUUAAAACUAAAGCUAUGCAAGUGUUGUGAUUCAACAACUGAUUGGUUAUUUGUGAUAGUCACACAUGAUGAAAUGUUUUCAUCUGUACUGUGGAUGUGUUAAAAUCACGUGGGCAUGGCUGCACAUCACCAGUUGGGUCUCCAUGAGUACUCUGGCACGGGACGAGUCUAGCACAACUCUGAGUCCAUUCACAGGACUCUAGUACCCGUACAAGGUGGAAUACAAUGAUCAACUAUAAUACAGUGGACAAUGUAGGACAAUAUUUUCAGUAGCAAAUAAUCAACAAUAUAAGUUACACAAUAAUUAUAUGAUCAUUCACUAGUUUCUCUUUUUACACAACACCGAACAUAUCAACCGGUUUCUAAAUGCAAUACAAUGGCAUGAUUUGGCAUCCAUGUUCAGCGCUGGAAUUAAGAUGUAUAAUGCUAUUUUUCUUCAUUCCUUAGUUUCAUCAUCAUCUAGUGUAAGUGUCAGGUACUCGGGUCCGGGUCGAGUUAGACCCUUGAGUACUUGAGUCCAAUAUGUUGGACUUAUAGAGGCCCUAAUCACCAUUACAGUUAUUCGUUUAACCAGGACAAGUGGUUUUGGCUUUAAGACCAGACAAGUCAAAUUAACACCACAAUAUGCCUGUAUUGAUAAAGUUAUCAUUAUGAGUUUAUCACUGUGAUAUAGACGUUUUUUCCGACUGUCGCUCAGUAGUUUAUGACAUUGUCCAUAGAUGACAGCCAUUUUAAGAUGUUUGCGCCUUUGCGGUCGUAUACUAAUGCUUGUAGCACUCAAUGUUUACUUUAAUUUGCGAUAUAUAAAUUAUAUUUUUUUCGCACGUACAAAAUUAUUGGGAGAUAAAAUAGUUUGGGCUACUACAAGCAUUAGGACAACAACAAACACCUUGUAAAUACAAACACUGAUAUUUUAAAUAAGAAAAUGUAUUUAAUUUGUAUGUUACAUCAUCGAAAAGGCUCUAUUGGUUGGAAACAUUUUACAAUGGUUGUAAACUCAGGACUCCCUUUAAGGGAGUGAAAUUCACACAACAUUGACAUGCAAUUUCAGUAUUUAUGACUUAUUUAGAACGUUUUGUGAAAGCAAAAUCAGUAUCUCAGAUAAUUUAACCUCAUUUAAAGAUUGUUCAUUCAUAUUAAAGUAGAUGGAAGUCGGUUAAUGAUUAAGAACUUAAAUAAAGCAUCUAUAUACAUGCCAAUACAAAAGCAUAGCGAAUAAAUUAAACACAUGCAAGUGUGUAUAAUUUUGAUGGUUAUUAAAUUAAACUUUACUGAAUGCAUAAGAUAUAGAAAAACAUUUCAGUUAUGUACUUUUGUAGAAAACAGGUGGUGUUCCAUUUUAAGAAAGAAAGACUGACCUUAGAUCAAAUUGUCAAAAGGUAUUUUUAUGUGAAUUUCACUCUCGUAAUGGCAGACCGAUCACUAUAAAUUGUUUUAUUUUGUUUUAUGUAUGUAUAUAUUUAGUCGUUCAUUAGUCUUAUUAGCUUUAUUAUUGCUGGGGCACAUGUAGCACAUGUAGCAUGUGCUACAGCCCCACACUUCAAGGGGCCCUGCGGUGAUGUGUACAUUUAUUUUCUCCAAGACAUUUUUUUCCUUCUCUCCAAGGGGUUUGCAAAAUAUAUAUCCUGGGAAGGGGCCCCCCCCCCCCCCCCCCCCCCAACUGUUAUUUGUGCUAUAGGCCCCACGGAUCCUUAAACUGGCUUUGGUCACCAAACUGUGUUUAUAUGUAGAUGUAUUUUUAUAUCCAUGUAUACAUCAUAUGUAAGCAUGGUAAUAAAGCAUUUUGUAUUGUAUUGUAUUGUAUGGAUUCUAAACAUGGCCGCGCACAGUACUUUUAACCUGUCAAUACUUGACACUUUUGUUUUAUACUGCAGACUUUCAGUUCUCAGUCUUAGUGUUCGAGGGGUUGGUGGGGGGGGGGGGGGGGGGGGGAGGGAGAGUUACGGCUUGAUUUACAAAACAUGGGGAGAAAAGAACUUAUGGUAGUUGUCGUGAGUUAUGUAAUGUUUGAAACCUGGCUGUUCGGUAGAGCACUUGCCUGAAGUGCUUGGUCCAUAAGAUUGAACCACCUUGGCUGACCCGUUGGGUUUUUACCAUCCCAAAAAGGGCUCCACGACUCAGAGAGAGGGGAAGAGUGGUCGUAGCUUUUAAUAUAAUGUAAUUAGAACUACAGUGAAAUAAAUACAAGACUUGGAAUACAUAUUUGAACUUUGGUUAUUAACUUGCAACUGUUUGAAAUACAUUUUUUUUUGUUUUUCACUUGUUCUUAGGAUUACGGUAUUUCAUGUGGAGUUUUUGCCAAUAAAUGAUAGAAAUGGU